AUGAAAGAUAGUUUUCUAGACAACUAUGAUGUCAAUGUUAUCAUCAUUGACUGGAGUACAAGUGGAGCUAACAGCGGACUUUACUGGAAUACUGCUAAAAGCACCAAGCAAAUCGGAAUACUUGUCGCUAGACAAAUUAAACUUCUUUGUCAGUACCAAGGUACAACGGAAGAUAAAUUUCAUCUCAUUGGGCAUUCGCUUGGCGCUCAUCUUUUAGGUUUUACCGGAAAACAUCUAGACGGAAAAAUCGGCCAGAUAACUGGUUUAGACCCAGCAGGACUUUUUUUUGAAAAUAAGCCAAGAGAUUCGAAGCUGUGGUACACUGAUGCCAAGUUUGUUGAUGUAAUACAUAGUGACAUUAAGCCGCACAUUGGGCUAGGGAUCAUAGAGCCUUUAGGUACUAUUGACUAUUAUCCAAAUGGUGGUAAAAGUCAACCUGGCUGUAAAAAAGAGAGAUUUUCGUCGUUUUUUAAUAGUUUGCAGGAUGGCUUAACAACGCUAAUUUCAUGUGAGCAUAGUCGAGCGUAUUUGAUUUACCUUGAUGCAAUUACAGCAAGCAAAAGGGCAUACCAAUGUGAAAACUACUAUGAUUACAAACAUAAUUAUUGCAAUUAUUGUGGCAAAGAUGAUGAAAUGUGUCCUUUUGUUGGCCCAAAAGCUGCUGAAUUUAAUCAUCAAGGAAAGCAUCACAUUAAGGCUUACUUUAAAACCAAUGAUCAAGCUCCUUAUCUUUAA